AUUUUUCCUCAGUGAUACCCAGAAAGAAAAUGUGACUUCAGCACUUCGUUCUCCAGCAAGGGCAAGACGCAACCCGUUCAACCGUGCCUCCAUUAUUGUCGCCGACCCUCCUGACACACCUGAGGACACACCAACCCAACAGAGCCAGGAGCCUUCUGAGACCCGUAAUGUCAUAUCUCCACUGAAGAACCAUCCAGCUGGUGAUAGCAGUCAGACUUCAGGCGGCUCGGUCACAUCAGAGGACCUCUCUACGGGUUUCAGGCCUGUGCCCAAGAAGAGGAACUUUUUGUUAAAACAAAACUACUCCUCAUCAGAAAGCAGUAGCUUUGGUUUAGACCCUCAGAUACAGUCAGUGGUGAUAGUUCCUGCGCCUCGACCGAGCCGUCAGCGUGACUCUAGUGGGGGUUCUAAGGAGUUCAUCCCAAUACUUCAAGGGUCUAAUCAAGCAUCUCCGGCUGGUCAGCCAUCUACGUUGGCAGACAAAACCUCCCAAAGGCCCCUUUCCUCUAAUUCCAGUUUGGGGAAAGAUGGAAACCUACCUUCAACAGAAAGAGACACAAAAUCUUCGCUUACGCCUCUUAGUCCUUUGGGGGGAACUGACAGCCAAAGUGACACCUCCACAAAUCAAGAAAUCCCAGUAAAGGGACGUGAUCAGACACAAAAAGAGCAAGCAAGAGCGCGACCUGCCACACUGCACACUGACAUGAUUCUGUAUUCAGAGCCGGAAUACAGCAGCAGUGUGGGGACAAGGCAAGAUGAGCUGAGUCUGCCCCAGAGCAUUGUGGAUCCUCCAGUAUCAUAUGAUCUAAACUUCGUUGAUAAGACUGAUGAGACCACGGGGAAAAAAUCGAAUAGGAAACAUUCGUUGAAAUUAUCCCCUCAAAGUCCCAAUCCCACUGGUGACGAGGAGGACUCCAUUACGAAGGUGCUGGAUUGGUUCAACCGCAGCAUGGACAGCAAUGAUUGGCUCAAUACAGAAGACUCCACUAGUGAAGUAGAAAUAAACCCUUUAAAGGACGAUGAGUCACUACCCAAACAUGACACAGAUGUCAACGAGACAAGUGGUGAACAGAUGGAAGCACCAGAAACCAAGAAACAUGUCUUUGAUGUAGAAAUAAAACCACUUAAGGAUGAUGUCUCACUACCCAAACACGGCAAUGAUGUUGAUAAGAUAAACGAUGAAAAGGCAGAACCACCAGAAACCAAGAAACAUGGCUUAGAUGUAGACACAAACCCAUUAAAGGAUGAUGUCUCACUGCUCAAACAUGCCAACGUCAACGAGAUAAACGAUGAAAAGGCGGAAGGACCAGAAACCAAGAAACAUGGCUUCAAUGGAGACACAAACCCAUUAAAGUAUGUCUCAAUACCCAAACACACCAACGAUGUUGAUGUGAUAGGUGAUGAAAAGACAGAAGCACCAGAAACCAAGAAACAUGGCUUAGAUGUAGAAAUAAAACCAUUAAAGGAUAAUUUCUCACUGCUCAAACAUGCCACCAAUGUCGACGAGAUAAACGAUGAAAAGGCACCAGAAACCAAGAACCAUGCCUUCAAUGUAGACACAAACCUAUUAAAGGAUAAUGUCUCACUACUCAAACAAGCCAAUGAUUCCGACAAGCUAGGUGAUGGAGAGAUGGAAGCACCAGAAACCAAGACACAUGGCUUCAGUGUAGACACAAACCCAUUAAAGGAUGAUGUCUCACUACCAAAACACACCAAUGAUGUUGAUGAGAUAAGUGAAAACAAGGAAGUACCAGAAACUAAAAAACUUGGCUUCCAGAAUCAGAACAGUGAAGAUAUGAUUGUGGGACAGAUCGUUCUGAGAACAGCAAACAGAAGAUGGAGCAAGGGACUAAAUGGAGCACAAGAAGAAGUCAAUGUUACCAAAGAAAAACAGGAAAAAGAGAAAGAUGACGAAAGCCAAAUGCCCAAAGUCUCUGAGCUGAAGUCAUUCUGGGAGAAAAGUACUUCAGGCCAUAAAGUGUUUGCCAGCAAAUUAAACACACCCAAUAACAAAGUCCAAAAGCCUGUUUUUAAAGAAGAGAAACUAAACAAACCUCAGAGAGGACUGGAGUCACCUUCUCCUCCUUGUCUCGAUGCAGAGAAAGAAGUCAAUGAUCAGGAUUCUUCUAAUCAUGUUGAUGAAGAACAGCAGAAAGACAUCAGAGGGUUAGAACCCAAUCACUUGACUAAUGUCCAACAUUUUCAGGAACUGCAGAUAAAUACAUCUCAACAAAUACCUCUGAACCAAACAAGCAAUAACAACACAACAUCCGACAUAGAUGAUCUAUCAACUAUUCUCCAAGUCAGUGGAAGAGAUUCAGACCCUGAGAUUACAAGACCCAGUCCAAAGCCAAGGACAGUCAUCCAGUCUAGACCUAGUCCAGAGAAUGAGGAUAACUCUACAGAAAAAACACCUGGCAGCAUUCCCCAAUCUCAAGAAAAUCCCUUAAAUCCCAUUAGUGCCUCAUCUUUAAAAACAGCUCCACCGCACAAACAGUCACCCAAGAUUCUGCCCGAGACUCAGCUUGUUGAGGACAUCCAAACAAAUGAGAAUUCAGACUUUGAGGUCUACUUGUCCAGAAACAAACAGGGUGAGAAUGAAAUGCAAAAUACAGCCAAAACACAAAUGCAAAGAGAUUCAAGCGAAGAGGAUGGAGCUAAAAUGGCCAUUGCACGAAAUCAGGGUCUUACCUGUCAGGAAAGUACUGCAGAGAAAAUAAAGCUGCUGAAAUCUUUUUGGGAAAAUGAGAGGAACAAGCCUCUCUCUUACAACAGAGACAAUAAAGCUACUUGUGGUGCCAAACAAAAAAAACUAAGUAAAAGAUUCUCCAAAUCAGAAUAUGACAUGAGCUUAAUAGGAAAGGAGUCGAGCAGUGACGGGGAGGAUCUAAACCAAAAUUAUCCAAACUUUACGCUUCAGUCAAUGACUCACAGAACAGAAGACCUGCCUCCAACCAUUGGUUCUAACCGUGCACAAUUUAGCAGUCUCCUUUACUUUUGGGAUGAAGCCACAUCACAUUCCAAAGGAUCAGGUGCUUUUGGCAAACCCAGAACCUCCAGAAAGAAAGAGCCGAUAGGUGUCCAACUUCAACCUCAGGUGGUCCAGAGUGAUGACCCUGAAUUUCAUGACAUAUCUACCACUGUUGACAAAAGUGUGAAAGCAACUGCCAUGAAAUCAUCCUUACUGUCUCAAAAGCCACCUCAUGACAGAGAGAUUAUUCCUGGACUAAGACCAGUGAAUGACAACAAAACCAGCCAGUCCAAUCAAAUGAGUGCUGAAACAGGCCAACAGAGAGAAUCCAAGAGGGGUUUUCAGGACUCCAGCAGACAGGAGACCUCCACUAAACCACAAACCAUUUUAACAAAAGCAAACCGGCCAUCCAAGGCCAAGAAAGAUGGAACUGGCAUUAGUGGGAAUUCUUUGCGUCGUGCCACCAGCAUGUUUGCACUGAGUACUGCUGAAGAAAAUGAUGAAGACCUACUGAAAGAUGAUGGUCAUGUUCUCCCACAGAGUCAAAUGCAGGAGAGGAGGCAAAGUGCCGAUAAAGGGGCUACGCCUCGGACGUCAUCAGAGGACGGUGAAGUACCAACUCCAUGUGCACAGACGUUUAUUCCCUCAGACUAUCGCCACUACCUGGGCAUGUCGGAUACGAAUAGCCAUGUUGUCCUCACAUCUGCAGUGCAGGAUGAGUUUUCAGAGGGAACGUCUGGGUGUGAAUUAGACCAGAGCGGACCGAUGAGCACCAGCACCCCGUUUGGCUCACAGGAGGAUCACAGUAGGAAGGGUGUCAGGACCUCCCAUCGCCCCCUACUGUCAUACUACAGCGGUUCAGAGUCAACAGUGAGCAGCACUUCAGAAUCCCGGUCCACCUCCAGGAACAGUUCCAACCGCUAUGAUGACGAGGAUACGAACCCUGUAAAGAGAGCGCUGAAGCGAGCUAAAGCACGGCCCAGAAAUCUAGCUAAGAGUUUGGAGGACCUCACAGCAUCCGUAUCACCACCAAAAGAGCGAAGUCGAGAGCCACCUGCUGACCUGAGGCACGUUAGCGAUGCGUCAUCCAUCCUGUCAACCUCCUCAUCCUGGUAUUCAGACCAAGAACGUCUGAAGAUGUUGAGCAAAUCGGUUCCUUCGUUCUUACAGGAGGAUGAAGAUGCAGACUCUGACUCCACCUACGACGACAGUUUCUACAGAAGAAGAAUCAUGCCGGGCCACUAUGUGACUAACCUGACCAGCUCGCCUAGUGCAGCGUCUUCUUUCAGUGGAAGUGUGGUCACCGUGUCCAGUGAGGACUUUGGGAACCUGGAGGUUCAGGGAACCAUCCAUUUUUCCAUUAACUAUGUGCAGAAGCUCAAAGAGUUCCACGUCUUCGUGGCUGAGUGCAGAGACUUGGUGGCGGGCGACCUGAAGCGAGGCCGCUCAGACCCGUACGUUAAAAGUUACUUGGUUCCUGACAAAGCCCAUCUAGGAAAGAGGAAAACAUCUGUACGAAAGAAGACGCUGAACCCAACGUUCAAUGAAAUCCUGCGAUAUCAGGUUAGCAUGGACUACCUCAGAACCCAGACGCUCAUUCUGUCCGUGUGGCAUCACGACACCUUUGGCAGGAACAGUUUUCUGGGCGAGGUCGACGCUGACCUUUCCAAGUGGGACUUUGGCCACACCCAGAUGAACUACAUAGCGCUGAAAGGAAAAACAUUGCCGGUUCUACCGCCCCCAUGUGGCAGAGGAGAGAUGAGGCUGGCGAUACGUUUCCUACCAGAGAUUAAUCGCGGUGAAGGCUGGGCUAAGGACAAUGCCAACACUGGGGAGAUUCACAUUUGGGUGAAAGAAUGCAGGAACCUACCUUUGAUCAGGGCUACUAUUAACCCCUACGUUAAGUGCUACAUGCUGCCGGACACGAGCAAAAGGAAUCGCCAGAAGACCCGUGUGCUGCAGCGGACGGUAAAUCCAGUUUUUAACCACACCAUGGUGUACGAUGGCAUCAGAGACGUUGACCUGACAGAAGCCUGCAUGGAGCUCACAGCGUGGGACCGAGACAAGAUCAACAGCAACCUCCUCGGGGGACUGAGACUCGGAUGUGGAACAGGUGGAAGUUACGGCACGUUGGUAGACUGGAGGGACUCAACCAGCUAUGAAGUGUCUCUGUGGCAGCGCAUGAUGGCUUCUCCAAACCACUGGGUUGAAGACGUGCUGCCCUUAAGAAUGCUGAACUCAGCCAAAACCACCUAGCUAUGACUCACACGUCACAGGCUUACCAGUACAAAUACAUAG